AAUUGAAACCAUUCAGCUUUUUGCUUAAUUCCUAAGCCUCUCAACCGCGCGAACUAAAACAGACGUUUCGACAAAAAGAAACUCCCCCAAUUCAAACCCGAAACGCUUCUUUCCUUUCCCUUUUCAAUUUUAAAUUCCCAGAAAAAGCCUAUAGUCAGAGACUGUUGGGUGUGAGCCAAAAUAAAAAAAAAACCCACAAUGCAGAAAAUGGCACAGGAAUGGUUCUCCGGCGGCAGCACCGGCGCCGGCGGCGACUCUCAGCAGCCGGCGUCUUCUCUCUUAGCCGAUUGGAACUCCUACGCCGCUUCCCAAUCCGCAGAGGACAGCUCCUCUUCGGCCCUCGGCUUCGAUCUCGAAUCCGCUGUCCGCUCCGCAAACGACACCGUUUCGGGCACUUUCAGCGUGGUUUCCAAAGGAGUUAGAGAUCUACCUGGGAACCUCCAGUCUGCCACUAGUAGUGUCCCUUCAGGAAAAGCUCUCAUGUAUUUUGGUUUGUUUCUGGCAACUGGGGUGUUCUUCGUUUUUAUUGCAUUUACCAUGUUCCUUCCGGUUAUGGUAUUGAUGCCACAGAAGUUUGCUAUCUGCUUUACACUCGGGUGUGCCUUUAUAAUUGGAUCCUUCUUUGCACUUAAAGGUCCAAAGAAUCAGUUUGUUCACAUGUCCUCAAAAGAGAGACUUCCUUUCACACUUGGAUUUUUAGGCAGUAUGGUGGGUACCAUAUAUGUCUCGAUGGUGCUUCACAGCUAUAUUCUCUCUGUGUUUUUCUCUGUAUUACAGGUUCUGGCUCUUGCAUACUAUGCUGUUUCAUACUUUCCUGGUGGAUCAGCGGGUUUGAAGUUCCUAUCUUCUGCCCUUACGUCUUCAGUAAUGAAAUGUUUUGGGAGGUGACAUUGACCUCUUUUACUUCUAUGAUUGCCGUGUAUAUUUCUUGCCUAAGUUUUUUUGUAAGUGUAGUUGAAACUAUGGGAUGGCAUGAGAAAGAAUUCUAAUUUGAACCCUUAAGAAAUGUAAGAGUUUCUUUCCUUUGGAAGUUGAUAGUGCACCUUCAUUAGAAAAGAAAAAAAAAAUCAGUGUGAAUCAGUGACACCAUGAAUCAAUUGGCAGUAAACCUGUUUGAGUAUCUACUGGCCAAGGCAAUGGGAUGGCCGGCCAAGGCAAUGUCAUGGACGGCCAUCCCAUGGGGCUGACACUACAUUCUUUUACUGUUUUAUUAGUCUCCCCCUUUGAAUAUGAGGUGACUGAAAUGCUGUCUCUGCAAGGCAUGAUAUAUACGAGUCAAUUUGUAUCAUAUUGCCUGGUGAGUGGUAACAAGAAUGAGAUUGAAAACUAGGAUGAUGUCAUUAUGAAUAGGUUUUGGAGUUGUCUAUUUCGUUUCAGUUGUCUUGACUUACAACUGCAAAUUUGCAUUUUGAAGUGA